AUGCAGCAAUUGAUUACUUAUAUCUCCAUGACCCACUCCCCAAUGAUAACAGCCAUCGACACCGUGCGCGCCUACACCUCAGGACCCCGCCUUUUGGUCGAGGUCGACAUCGUCAUGGACCCGCACGAAUCGCUGCGGGCCACGCAUGACGUCGCGGAGUUGCAGAUGAAGCUAGAGUCGUUGCCGGAUGUGGAGAGGGCGUAUGUUCAUGUGGACUAUGAGACGACGCAUAAGCCGGAGCAUUUUUUGAAGAAGGAAUCAUGGUGUAUUUGUACUGCUAUCUCUAUAUACUGGUAA